AGGGGCGCUUCUCGGAGCUGCUGACAGGUAGAUGAGCUGUGCGCUGUCCGCGGUGCUGAAACCUCCUCCGGCUGCCGCCUCACCGGAGAUCCUCACCUCACAUUACGACCGGAGCUCCGCUGACCUGCACCGGGAUUCACAGAUUCACACUUUUCUUUUCCACCCCAAAAGAUAAAAAGAAACCCAACUUUGAGUUUUCUGUGUUGCUGUUUUCUAAUCGCCGCCUGGAUCUUAAAAUGGCACUGCAUGGAUUAACAUUGCGCAAGGCAAAAGCGGACUUAUUUGACUGCUGUUUUGUGACUGUGAAACCAGCCCUUUCAGACUGAACGUGGCUUCUCCCUCUUUCUCCAUUUUCUUGGUUCAUCUUUUCCGGACAUCGAGGCGCUUUUUUCCUUACUAACAAAAAAAAAGGGCGCGUUAUUUGGAUUAAUAACAAUAUGCUCAUUAAUGCGGCGCUUCCAUUUGUUGUAGUAUUAUAGAAUUUUCAAAUACAUUUUGGAUAUGGAGCCAGGCACGGAGAGAGCUGUCCCUACCACUAAAGAGGGGCUAAAACAAAUCGCAGGAAAGGCCCUCGGGAGUCUUUACAGGAGGCUAGAAAAGCGGCAGCAGACAGGUGAGGCGAUCGAGCUGACGGAGGAUGGCAGACCCACGGCGGACCCGGAGCGGAAGAAGCCCCUGGUGGACUGCACGUGCUUCGGGCUCCCGCGCAGAUAUAUCAUCGCUAUGCUGAGCGGCAUCGGCUUCUGCAUCUCCUUCGGUAUCCGGUGUAACUUGGGUGUGGCCAUCGUCAGCAUGGUCAAUAACCACACUAUCCAUCAAAACGGCAAGAUCAUCAUCAAAGAGAAAGCGAAAUUCAACUGGGAUCCAGAAACCGUGGGGAUGAUUCAUGGCUCCUUCUUCUGGGGCUACAUAGUUACUCAGAUACCAGGAGGGUAUAUCUCCUCGAGACUGGCUGCUAACAGAGUUUUCGGUGCUGCCAUCGUGCUGACAUCCACCCUGAACAUGUUCAUUCCCAGCGCCGCGCGGACGCACUAUGGAUGCGUCAUCUUUGUGAGGAUAUUACAAGGGUUGGUGGAGGGAGUGACUUACCCAGCCUGCCACGGGAUCUGGAGUAAAUGGGCUCCACCGCUGGAGAGGAGUCGUCUGGCAACCAUCUCUUUCUGUGGAUCUUAUGCUGGUGCAGUGAUAGCCAUGCCUCUGGCUGGGAUCCUGGUACAGUACACUGGAUGGUCCUCUGUCUUUUAUGUGUAUGGAUGCUUUGGGAUCUUGUGGUACAUGUUCUGGAUCUUUGUGUCAUACGAGAGCCCAGCGGAGCACCCGACCAUCACUGAAGAGGAGCGCCGUUACAUCGAGGAGAGCAUCGGUGAAAGCGCCCAGCUGAUGGGUGCAAUGGAAAAAUUUAAGACCCCCUGGAGGAAGUUCUUCUCCUCCAUGCCCGUCUAUGCAAUCAUCGUGGCCAACUUCUGCAGGAGCUGGACCUUUUAUCUGCUCCUCAUCAGCCAGCCGGCAUACUUUGAAGAGGUGUUUGGCUUUGAAAUCAGCAAGGUUGGAAUAGUGUCGGCGCUCCCUCACUUGGUCAUGACCAUCAUCGUGCCCUUGGGAGGCCAGUUAGCCGAUUACCUGCGGACCCACAACAUCAUGUCCACCACUAUGGUCCGCAAAAUCAUGAACUGCGGAGGGUUCGGUAUGGAGGCCACUCUCUUAUUAGUGGUGGGUUAUUCUCACAGUAAAGGGGUGGCCAUCUCUUUCUUAGUUCUGGCGGUGGGUUUUAGUGGAUUUGCAAUAUCAGGUUUCAAUGUCAACCAUCUAGACAUCGCUCCUCGCUAUGCCAGCAUCCUCAUGGGUAUAUCUAACGGGGUGGGAACGCUGUCAGGGAUGGUCUGCCCUCUAAUAGUGGGAGCCAUGACAAAGAACAAGACUCGGGAAGAGUGGCAGUAUGUCUUCCUCAUCGCUUCCCUGGUGCAUUAUGGGGGAGUGGUGUUUUAUGGGAUCUUUGCAUCCGGGGAGAAACAGCCAUGGGCCGACCCUGAAGAAACCAGCGAGGAAAAGUGUGGCUUCAUUGAUGAGGAUGAGCUGGCCGAGGAGACGGGUGACAUCACGCAGGGUUAUGGCGCAAUGGGAGGCCCCGCUAAAAGCUACGGGGCCACUGCGCAGCUCAACGGAGGCUGGGUGCAGGACUGGGACAAGACGGAGGAGUACGUGCAGGAACCGGCUGGAAAGAUGUAUUCUGAGCGCGGCUACUCUUAAACCGGUUGUGGUGAGUCUGCUCACAGGCUCAUCAUCACAAAUUGCACAACAUUAUCUUAGAUAUUUAAAUCCAUUCUGUGUAUUCAAGUAAAAACGGUUACUAGUUUCAAAAAGCCAAUGUAAAGAAAUAGUUGCAAUGCAGAACAAUCCUCAUUAGAUUCUCACACGUCUCUCAUCACAUCUACCUACUGUAGGGCUUCACUAUACAGAGAGCAAACUGCAGGCCUAUGUUGUACUUCGUGGGCACUUAAACCUCAUCAAUCUACUUGAACAACAUGAGCCAGAUGACACUGCAGUCGACCAUCAUAUAGGGUCUUUCUAAUACCACUCUGAUUGCACUGAAACUAUGAGUAUUCUAAAAUUCUGUUUCUCAAAUGUGUUUUAUGUACUGUAUAUACCUGUAUACUGUUUCUGUGAGACUAUUGUGGAUUUUGGGUCGUUGAUCUGUGUUAACAUUAAUAUAAAAGGCCAUAUUUUUCAUGGACAGUACCUUUUCAGGGAGAUGUCUGCUUGCAAAAAAGGUCUCCUCCUCCUCCUCGAGCGAGGCCUGUAAUACAACUAUAAGACAAAACUAGCGUGAGUGAACCGUAGAGUUUUAGUGUUUGUUUGUUUGCAUGAAUUUGCUCCGAUCAAUGUUUUAGACGCAGCCGCCUCACAGUCAUGGAUAGUCCCCAUACGGCUCACUGCUUCGUUCUUAGAUAAUCUGCCAUUAUGAAUAAUAAAAUGAACUUUUCAGGUGCCAGUCGUGAUGUGAGACAAAUCAAAAAAAAAAAAAAGUUUCGAAGGCGAUUGCUCAGAUGACAUUGUUUAAUUGAUGUUUGGUGUGCACUGCAAUAAAUUCUGUGUACCAGCCGCCACCCAUCACAUCUUGUUUUGUAACGUAACACUGGCUUGCUAUAUCUAACUGUAAUUGUUUUGGAGUCAUGUAAUGCUCAACAUUAAGGUGUGUGUUUUAACAAAUUACUAGUGUCUGGAGAAUCCAGCUUUAGUGCUCAUGACGCAGGACAUGUUGCAUUUUUGACAGCGGGGAAUGCAGUAACGUAUGUGAACAACCAGGUUGUUGUUAUCUCUCGGUGUUUCUUGGUUGUUCUCACUGUUGACACUUUGAUAUCGUCACGUUUGAGUGGAGCACACGAGUCAAUAGACGGCUCUUCCACGCGACUUUAUUUGCUCUUUGAACACUUUUCUUCAUUUGCUGUAUGGAAUCUGCAAGGAUGUUUAAAAAUAUAUGAAUAUUUAAGAAUGUUUUAAG